AUGCCGACACGACCGCAGCAGCAGCGGCAGCGGCGGCAGCGGCAGCGGCAGCGGCAGCCACACCGGCCACCGUCGAAACAACUUCUGCAGAUACGCGAGGAGGGAGGCGGCAGCUACGUAGACUCGAAAACGCCGUUUCUACGCGGCGCCCCGUCCUGGUCGCCGAAGACCUCGCCGUCCGCCACGGCUGCAAUCGAUGGAUGCGCCGGCGGUCCCGGUGUCACAGCCAGCUUCCAUCGUGGCAGUGGUGCGGAGAUGACUAGCGCCGACGACGGCGACGGCGGGGACAGCGAUGAAGGUAAAAGGAUAGCGGCCAAGCUGUCAAGAGCACGGCACUCGCCGCAACACCCGCGACAGUCCCGUCGUCACUUGCGCAUGAGCCCACGCGUCACGUCAGCGUGCAAGGCGAAGAGUGGCGACCAGAGGCGUGCCUCAAGUUCCGGCAGCGGCCUUGACCGCGCGGCAGCGGCGGCUGUGUUGUUUUCGACCGCCUCUCUUGCCAGGUCUCCGCAGGCACGAGUGACGUCGUCACCUGCAGUGCUGGGUGGCCAUGUCACCUACUACGGCCCCCCGUCCUCGCGCAGCCUCUCCGACACGGACGGCAACGAGGCCGACACGCAGAAGAACCAGAGCAGCUGCAGUAGCAGCUCCUGCCUGGCCGCGGCGCAUACGGCGCCAGGGAGUGAGCCCUCGUCGCCGGCGGCGCGGGUUAGUGACUGCGGUGGCAGCGGUGGCAGGACCGCGUUUUCGAUUCCCGGUAGCGCCAAUGACGAUGCACGGUGGACGACGGCCGGCUGCAAGCCGGAGGCGGCGAUAAGCCGUGACGGCGAAAGUGGCUCUAGGGCGCACGCAUCCCCAUUGGCUCCGGGCACCACCACCACGACCCCACUAACAUACGCCGCAGUGGCCUCGUCGUCACUGCACGGCAAGCGACUGCCGAAGUCCCGCGUCAGCUUUAGCCAGUGGCGCAAGCGUGUAUGCUGCAGCAGCAGCGCCUCCAUCCCAAACACCAUCGAUAGCGCCAACACCUCGCCUGGCGCGUCCUCCACAACAGCGGUGGUCUUCCUGAACACCUUCCCCAGCACUCGACUGACGCUGACGACUCCCUUGGCAGCCGCGACGGCGAGCACGCCGCGUGCGACAGGCAAGAGCACACCGAUAAGCACGCCUUCCGUGGAUAGCAACACAGCUGAUGGUGACGACGGCAAAGCGAGCGCCCCAAGCGGCGACGAGCACGACUGCGCGAGCGGUGGGCCACAACAUUUCUCAGCGAGCGCGGCCAUGCCGCCCUUGCCUCCAUCUGUGCACCGUCACCAGCCGACGCACCUGAUUCUGCAGCUGCCCCACGCUCCACUACUGCCGCAGGCGCGCAACACUCCGGACUCGGACGACGAUAUGGUGUGCGACUGCUCUCCACGCACUGCCGGCACUUCUAGUAUAGCCGCAGCUGCCAAUGACCCGUCAUCGCCCGUGGUACUUCCGCCGAAGAGUAGCGGCACCGCUACCGCAGCCGCAGCGCCAACCCUGCCCUUCUCUGCAGCAGAGGUGACGUCCGCGAUGGGUGUGCGCAUGCCUGGCGUACAGACAGGCGAGCAGCAGCGGCGGCAGCAGUUGAACGCCCUGAAGCCUGUCAUGUCACCGCCCUAUAUGGCCUUCAGCCCCACGACCCCGCCGCACGGAGGCGCCAAAAGUGGCCCGCUCCUCAAGGUCUCCGCCACCGCCGCGGCGACAGCCGGUAAGGGCGUACACCGUGUCCCGUCUGCUGCCUCACUCUUCAACGCGGCGGAGAUACUGCCCGGGCUGUUCCUCGGCGCCUACGCUGACGCCACUAACACGGAGGCGCUGGCGGCGCACGGUAUUUCGCUUGUCAUCAACUGCGCGUACGAGUGCCCGGUGACGCCAGCGAUGGUGAACAACAACCAUCACGUCCGCUACGCUCAGUGUCCGCUGCGCGACCACUCGGACGAGGUCAUCGCACCCUUCUUCACACCUGUCACCCGCAUCAUCCACGAGCAGCUGCACCGCCGGGAAAUCAAUCAUCAGCGCAUGGCCCGCCGUGCCGCGACGAGCGCGCCGGGUGUCCAUGUGAACGACUCCGAGGAUCACGAAGUGCAGGAGCGCAUGCUGUGGGCCUGGACGGACGAGGCUGAGAACGUGUGGGUGGCUCAACCGUCGUUUGCGUCGCCGUCACUGCCGGUGGGUGGGCAGCCAUCGUUCAAGGAGAGCAAGCGAGAGACUCCCCGCACACCGUCCUCGACGCGGGGGCUCGGUGCGCGCUUCGGUGACGGCGCCGUGUGCAGCAGCACCAUCACCUCAUGCUCUCCGUCGCCGAUUCCGGGCGGCAACGCCACCUUCCCGCCCCUUGCCGUCACGCCCAUCACGGCUGAUCCGGUUGGCGCGACGGUCGCUGAAACUUCUGGUGCCACCACGGCUGCUGCCGCUGCUGUUCCAGGAUCGGCGGACGUGUCUUCGGCUGCGCAGAACGGCAACAAUGUCUGCACGAAUACGUUGUUCAACACGGUACCUGCGCCAACGUUCUCCACGACCUUCACCGAGGCGACGAGCUUCACGGCAACCACCGCACCCCCACCAGAAGCGUCUGCCAUCACCGCACUCCCCGCAUCGGCGUCGCCGCCGUCGCCGCUCACCGUCGUUGACCCACGCGACUGCGGUGGCGUGCUCGUGUGCUGCCGCAUGGGUGUGAGCCGCAGCGCCACCUUCAUCAUUGCCUACCUCAUCCUCUACGGCUGCACACUAGCACCACUAGAUGACACCGCCUCGCUCUUCGCGCACUUCCUCGAGCGAGAGCGCCGCAUCAUCGAAGAGGCAGGCGGGCUGACGUUCUUCACGGACAGCAACGGAGGCGUGUCCAACACAUCGUCCCAGGCCCUGGCGACGGCGCCGGCGUGCCCGGGGCGCGGCAGCAGGUGUGCGAACGGGGCCCUCACCCCGCACGGAAGUGCAGGCGUGAACGGUGUCCAGCCAUUCGUACAGAACCUCCUGGCAUCAAGCUCACCGCGGACACUCAGGCGCUCUGCCAUGAUACCCGUGUCGCCGCUACUUUCCGCCGGCGGCGGCGGGUGCGUUGCCGGCUCCCUCACAACCCCUCUGAGCGAGAAUCCCUCAACAAUCUCGCAGCAGCGGCUUCGCACGGGGUUGCCCGCCACCCAGAUCGAGCUCGCCUCGCGCGCGUGCCAAGCGUGCUACUUGUUGCACCUGCGAGAGCGGCGGGUGCAGCAGAAGACCUGGCGGCGACUCCUCAUCAGCGAGCAGCAGCAGCAGCAGCAGCAGCAGCAGCUGAGCGAUCAACAGGAUGAGGAACCGCAGAUGAUGACGCUGUCGGCGUCGCGCAUGGCGGCGAGAGAGGAAGGGCAAGGGUGCAGUCUGAUGGGCAGUGUCGAAGAUAAUUCAAACUUUGAAGGCGAUAGCAGCGCGAUGGCAAGCGUCCGCAGCGAUGGCGAGCACCAAGAGGAGCAGCAGCAUCACUAUCAUCGCCAUGUCUUCUGUGCGUUGCCGUCGUCAGCGCCGGUGCCCUCGUACCGCAGCGCGCGUGGAAGUCGCACGAUGACGCUGCUAGAGGCGGCCUACUCCGACGAACGCGUUGAUGCGGAUGACGGGGUGGACGAGGAGGAGGAUAGGCAGGAGGAGGAUGCUGCGCGGACGGCUGUUGGGCAGAGAUCGGAAAACCUUGCUGCGGUCAGUGCAGCCACCACGCCAACCCAGAUGGUGCGAGACAAGCUCCCAACGCACAAGGUGUGCGUCGCGGCCGCAGAGGCGGCCCCCACCACACCUAAUCACAGCACUGUUGCCUCGGCGCUCAUCGGCGACGGCGGGGGCGUGUACGAAACGCCUCUGGCGCUCCGUGAGCAGCAGCAGCAGCAGCAGGCGCCGUUGCGCUCGUCCUGCAGGAUUCUCUCCCCACAGCCACACAUGAAGGGCCUCCCCCACAGCGACCUGAGCGCCAGCGCGAGCACGUUUCUACCCGUCAGUUUUACCAGCAGCGGGGGCGGCGAAGGCGGGAGCGCCUUCGGAGGCACAGCGCCGGCGAUGACGUACCGCGAGGCUUUUGAUGCGGUGAAGCGGCAGAAGGCCGACGUCAACCCAAACAUCGGCUUCAUCCUGGCGCUGCGCGAGCUCGCCGGGGGCGGCGACUUCAGCUUCAGCACGUCCUUCUGA